GAGUGACAUGCAUGUUUGUGCAGUUGUGCAGUUGUGCAUUUAUUGUAAAACGAUUGUAAUUCUAUAUGCGAACACUACGUGUAUAAUAUCAUUUUAAGUCUCCUUCGAGUGUUCUUGUAUUCACAGGAUUAACGAUGUCGGCUUUACAUGGUGCCGAUGGUUUCCACAUAUGCCGGGUUUGCGGUGACAGGAGCUCGGGGCUACAUUAUGGGGUUCUGUGUUGUGAAGGUUGUAAGGGAUUUUUCUUCAGAACCGUCCGUAAAAAUAAACAGUACGACGUAUGCCGCCGACCGGGUCGAUGCAUUGUCCUGAAAUCAAGCCGAAACGGCUGUAAAUUUUGUCGAAUGCAACGAUGCCUUGACCUUGGCAUGAGCUAUGAAGCUGUAAAGAUGGGACGACCAAAAAACAAUGACAAAAAGGCGCUCACAAUCACCAAAACAACGUCAAUCAACGAAACGAAGGACAAACUCAUUCUGAACGUUUAUUCAGCCUUCAUGAAAGCCAUGCAAGGUAUCAAAUCGGCAAGACAGGAUGCUGAUAUUACAGAAUCUGAUUGGAGUUAUUACAUUGUAACUGGAAUGGUCAACUUUUCAUCUAUUUUUGCAAAAGAACAAUACAUGUUUAGGAAACUAUCAACUGAGACACAGAUCUUGUUGCUAAAAUCAGCCUUGCUUGAGCUGGCAGUAUUCAAAGAUAUUCUUGAACCAACAAAUAACAACAGCAGCAAGUGCCAGAACCUUGAAGUUAUGAAGGCGGACCAAAAAUGUGACAAAGUGAUUGAAGCACUUCAUGAUACUGGUUCAAAAGUAAAGCAUAAAUUAGAUGGCAUAAAAUUGACGUUCGUGGAAAUUGGAUUGUUUCUUGGAUUGAUAUUGUUCUGUUCUGACCGAGUAUCCAAUGACUGUAAAGAUUUUAAUGUCGUCAUGCAAACAGAGCACGCUCUUCUGCUAGCCUUGAAAUACCAGAUUGUCAUGAACCACAACCGCCAUAUUGAAAUCCUUCCGCAUGUUAUUGAAAUUCUUUGCAUACUAAGGGGACUAACUGCGCUUCAUUUAGACACGUUUUUGAAAUGCUUUGUAUGACAGAUCUCCAUGUGCCAUGUUGAGUGUAACUUUACGGAUAUUGUGGAGCAGAGGGACACAGCUGACCUUGACAAACACAAUCGCCAUGUUAAAAUACUUCCGUAUGUGAUUGAAAUAGGGAAGUAAGAGAGUUGCACUUUGGCUUUGUUUUCUUGCCUGUGAUGUUAAGUUAUUUUUGCGGUUAAAGGGGAAUAAUGAUUAAUCAAUAUCUAGCCGGAAAGCCUUUAACUUUUAGUUAUCAAUUUUGCUGAUAGCUCUUAAUCAACAUUUUUACCUUACGAGUUAAAAAUAUAUUAUUGUCACUAACAUGCCACUUACUUUAUUUAUUUGUUAAAAUAGUAUUUAAUUGCCACUAAUUCUACUUGUAUUUGUUUUUCAAUCAAUACAUUAAGUUUGAUAAACAUGUUUAUAUGAGUUCAAAUGUGUUAUAUCACCACUCAAUUGAGUAUAUAUUAUAACAGCAAAUAAAUUGUUUGCAAAG